AUGGAUAUAGAUUUAAAGGAGCAACCAGGUCAUUGUUCACAUGUUGAAGCAAUACUGGACCGUUUGCCAUGUUAUUUUGAUAUCAAGAAGUAUAUGGAGACCGGGAUUUAUACUGAGAAUUCAACAUUCAACCAGAAGAAGUCGAUACGACGUAUGACUCUCAAUUUCUUUUUAAGUGGGGAAAUCCUUUAUAGAAAGACUCUAUAUUUAGGUCUUCUCAAAUGUAUUGAUGUUGUUGAAACCGCAAAGCUUCUUGAACAGAUACACGCUGGAAUUUGUGGUACGAACAUGAAUGGACUCACUCUUGCAAGGAUUAUCCUUUGA